CAUAAAUUGGGUUUCUGCGCUAUCUUCUCCUUCUCAUUCCUCUCUCUCUUCAUCUCCCUCUCUCUCAUACUUUCUUGGAUCUGUAGAGGAGCUAGAACACCCUGCAAAACUUGUCUGUCAUUUAUACUUCUCAUGAUUUUCUCUCCUAUCCAGCAGAAGAGAGAAACCUUAUUGUAACCAAGAAUGCGCAAUUCUACCUCUCUCAAGCAAGAAUUUCUCAAGAAAUGGAUAAAGGGUCUCCAAGUAUGCAACAGCUCUUCGGAGAAGAAGAUGACCAUCUUGGAGAGAAAGAAGGCUAUAAAGUUGUCCGCAGACAUAGCCAUGGCUUCAACAAGAAACGGCACAACUUGUUGGAGCCGCGCCAUCAUAGCCAACGCCACGCAAAGCAACAGAGUCGUCGUUGAGCGUAUACUGGGUCCUCACAAACCCUCAAGAUCAGUGUCGUCGGUGAUGCACAAGAAGAUCUUGAAAAAGAGCCGGAGGGUAUGCAGUAGCAGAAGCCGUCGAGUGCUGAUGAGGAAGCGUGACGCGGUGAAAACCCGUUCGAUUGCGAAGAGAUUGGUUUGGAAGAAAACACAAGUGCUCAAGAGUCUUGUUCCUGGAGGAGAAUUCAUGGAGGAUGAGAUGUGUUUGAUUGCAGAAACCCUAGAUUAUAUUGUGUCUCUGCGAGCUCAGGUUGAUGUAAUGCGGUGUCUUGCUACCACCACUGAGUUAAUAAAUGGUAAAUAAAAAUACAAUCAGUGGUGGUAAAUUAAUUACUCGAUCGAUCUUCUUUUUCUUUUUGUUCCUUUUUGCAAGAGAGUACUAUAGCUAGCUACUAAGAUAUUAUUAUAAGUAGAGAUGAAGUUAAAAAGGAGGAAGCAAUAUUGUACAGAUGAACAAUGCAUAUCAGUAAAUCAAAUUUCACUUUUU